GCCCUGGAAACCAGAAAAGGCAAAACCGGGAAGGGGAGCCGGGUCCCCAACAUGCCUCUGGAGGACAAUACCCUCCGAGAAGUCUGGGCCUCUGAAAGUGAGCUGGAGGAGGAAUCCGGGAGCCCUGAACUCCAGACACGCCCCAAACAGCGUCUCGCCGCAGGGCAGAAGCCGAGGAAGAAGCGGCCUGAGCCCCAGGAGUGCCCCAGCCCCGCCGAAGCCAAACCCCGGAGAAGCGCGGCCGCAGGGCGUGGGGACGAGCGGGGGGCGCCACCGCAGGCGGGGAGGAAGGGGAGGCGGCGGGAUGAGCUGCUCACGACCCCCACUGGACAGAACCCCUACGCCAAGUUCAUCCGUGACCCCGAGCGGAAGAAGCCAAACCCUGGGGAGACUUUCCUCGUAGCCCGGGCCCCAAACGUGCAGGAGGAAGAGGAAGACGAAGAGGAUGAAGAAGAAGAGGAGGAAGAAGAGAAAAAGAAAGAGAAAAUCUCUCUUUUAAAACCUUCAAAGAAAGUCCUCAAAGGGAAAACAGAUGGAGACACGAAGGGAAAGGGGAGCCAGCCCCAAGAAGAUCCAGCAAGCCCCACUGUCCCCCGGAAAGCUGUCCGAAAUAAGAAGAAGGAGGCGGCAACAGCAUCAGGGGGUUCAGCUGGGGAGGAGCCCAAGAUAAGAAAGGGCAAGAAGAAAGCAUCUGGUGAGGGUGAAAGGAACUCCACUGGGACACCUACUGGAAACACAAAGAUGCCAGUGUCCAUGUUCCAGGUUGGAGGAGGUGGCCCUACAGAAAAACCAUUGAAGAAGAAAGCCUCUGCCAAAGUCCCAGAAGCUGAAAGUGAGGAGGAAGAAGCAACAACCAAGAACAGCAACCGAAAGGGAAAAGGGAAGGGGAAAGGGAAAGUCCCAAAGAAGGAAGAGAGGCCCCCAUCGCCCCCCAUCGAAGUGGAUGAUCCCAAGGAGUUUGUGCUGCGCCCAGCCCCACAGGGCAGGACUGUGCGGUGCCGGGUAACCCGUGACAAGAAGGGGAUGGACCGGGGAUUGUAUCCCUCCUACUACCUGCACCUGGACAGUGACAAGAAGGUUUUCCUCCUAGCUGGCCGCAAAAGGAAAAGGAGCAAGACGGCCAAUUAUCUCAUCUCUGUGGACCCCACCAACCUGUCCCGGGCAGGGGAAGAUUUCAUUGGCAAGCUCAGGUCUAACCUUAUAGGGUCCCGAUUCACUGUGUUUGACAAUGGAAAGAAUCCCCAUCACGGAGGUGCAGAUGUGGGCACCUAUCGGCAAGAGUUGGCAGCUGUUAUCUAUGAGACAAACGUUCUGGGCUUCCGGGGGCCCCGUCGAAUGACAGUCGUCAUCCCAGGGAUGAGCUCAGAGAAUGAGAGGAUCCCAAUCCGGCCCCGAAAUGCUAGUGAUGGUCUUCUGGUGCGGUGGCAGAACAAGACAAUGGAGAAUCUUAUAGAGCUACACAACAAGACGCCAGUCUGGAAUGAAGAGAGUGGCUCCUACACCCUCAAUUUCCAAGGACGCGUCACCCAGGCCUCGGUCAAGAACUUCCAGAUUAUACAUUUAGAUGACCCUGACUAUAUAGUGAUGCAGUUUGGCCGGGUUUCGGAGGAUGCCUUCACUCUGGACUACCGAUACCCACUUUGUGCCCUGCAAGGCUUUGCCAUAGCCCUCUCCAGUUUUGAUGGGAAACUGGCCUGCGAGUGA